AGUUUGUACUCCGUCUCUGCGUGGGGCGCUAUAGCCAUCAAUAGCGGAAUAGCACACGGGAAAGAGGCGGAUAAGAUCCACAAUAAGGUGGAGCCUGUAAACUCUGCGGCAGCAGAGUGUAGGCUUUGUAGAGCCGGCGCAUUCCUCGAGACGUCUGCAGGAAACCUCCCGGCGGGUUGAACGACAGGCCCUCGGAGCAGAAGCGCGCGCGCCACCAAGCCGGAGUGGACGCAUUGACGCGCGCGUGCGUAUUGAAUCAAUCGAGUGAGCGAGCAAGCGAAAUACGGAGAGAGAGAGAGUUGGCGCGCGGCUCGGCCGUUUCAGCCUUCACUCUGCAGUUCGUUAAGCUUUGAGUCCAAAGCGAGGCUUUUGCUCAUUCCUCAUCUUAUCUUCUCCGCCGCACCUUUUGAGGUAACUACACUUCCGAUUUUCCGUCAGGAUUAUUGACAUCUUCUUCCUCGUUGUUGGAUAUUUUCCCCGGAGGGGGGGGCGCGGCUAACUCGUUCUCCACCUUUACUGCCUACGGGAUGCUUCGCCAUGAAGUAGUGCUUUGUUUCUGCCACCGCAAAGAAGAAUAAACAAACACAUUGCGGAACCUUGAAUUAGAAAGGAGACUGUGCCCGGAACUCCCAUUGCCCUUUGCUGGUCUCUUUUCUUUUUAUUUGAUGAGUACUUUUUUUUUCUUUUAUGGUUGUUUUUAAGGGUUAAAACCCCGCCGACGGGUACGGUUGUGAUACUUUACUACGGAACGCACUUCGCCUGGCUGUGGAUGGUUCCGGGUGGAAGGCGCUGCUGAAGUGCGUACAGGUUGUGUUGUAAGCCUCGACGCCAACGUCUUACGUUUUAUACCGUGCUGCUAUUUCUUCAUUCUCUUUUUGAGGCUUGCCUGAUACUUAGUCCGGUCCCCUCCCCCCCGAUGCGGGGUGUCUGAGUCCCCUUCCCCCUGCCUCCAGACGGCGGUCGGAGAUGUUGAAGUGUAUUCCACUGUGGCGCUGCAAUCGCCACGUCGAGUCCGUAGACAAGCGGCACUGCUCUCUACAGACUGUACCGGAGGAGAUCUAUCGCUACAGUCGAAGCUUGGAGGAGCUCUUGUUGGACGCAAACCAGCUGCGGGAUCUGCCCAAGCCUUUUUUCCGUCUCUUGAACCUUCGGAAAUUGGGUCUGAGUGACAAUGAAAUCCAGAAGCUGCCUCCAGAGGUGGCCAAUUUCAUGCAGCUUGUGGAGCUUGACAUCUCAAGAAAUGACAUUCCAGAGAUCCCAGAAAGCAUUAAAUUUUGUAAGUCUUUGGAAAUUGCAGACUUCAGUGGAAAUCCCCUUUCCAGACUGCCUGAUGGUUUCACAUUGCUUCGCAGCCUUGCUCACCUUGCCCUCAAUGAUGUUUCACUUCAGGCACUUCCUAGUGACAUUGGCAAUUUAACAAAUCUAGUGACUCUUGAACUCAGGGAAAAUCUCUUGAAGUCCCUACCGACGUCGCUUUCAUUCCUUGUAAAGCUUGAACAGCUUGACCUAGGCAGCAAUGAACUUGAAGUCCUGCCAGAUACUUUGGGAGCGUUGCCAAACCUCCGAGAAUUAUGGCUUGAUAGGAACCAGCUGUCUUCAUUGCCACCGGAGCUGGGAAAUCUUCGGCGGCUAGUGUGCCUUGAUGUGUCUGAGAAUAAGUUGGAGCAACUUCCUAAGGAGCUGAAUGGCCUUAUGGCACUUACUGAUUUGCUUUUGUCUCAAAAUCUGCUGGAAACUAUUCCUGACAGCAUUGGUUGUCUGAAGCAACUUUCUAUUUUGAAGGUGGACCAAAACCGGUUAACCCAUCUUUCUGACUCCAUCGGAGAUUGUGAAAACCUGUCCGAACUUAUGCUGACAGAGAAUCUUCUUACAACAUUGCCCCGCUCUCUGGGAAAGUUGAAAAAGCUGACAAAUUUGAAUGCUGACCGGAACAGAUUAACUUCCAUACCCCUAGAGUUGGGAGGCUGCUCUAAUCUAAAUGUACUCUCACUUCGGGACAACCGUGUUACAAAGUUGCCUUCAGAGCUUGCAAACGCAACUGAACUUCACGUUUUGGAUGUUGCUGGAAACAGGCUACAAAACCUACCCUUCUCUCUUACUAAUCUCAACCUUAAAGCUAUGUGGUUGGCAGAAAAUCAGUCUCAACCAAUGCUUAAGUUUCAGACAGAGGAUGAUGAAAAGACUGGAGAAAAGGUUUUAACAUGUUACCUUCUACCACAACAACCUUCACCUAGCCUUGAGAAUCUUCUUCAGAACAGCGUUGAUGAAAGCUGGACAGACACCAACUUGAACCGGGUCAGUGUGAUUCAGUUUCAAGAAGAGCCCAAACCUGAGGAAGAAGAUGAAGAGGCUGAAUCAGAGCGUAAGGGACUUCAGAGACGAGCAACACCACAUCCUAAUGAACUUAAAGUAAUGAAGAAAGUUAUUGAGGAGCGCAGAAAUGAGGCAUAUGUAGCAAGACCAGAUGAAGAACUGGAUUCUCCUGAUGAUGAAAAUAAGAGAUUAAGUGGACUAUCUAAUGAUAGCCAUGAUUCCCAAGCAUCAAACAGUACAGCGUCUGCAAAAUCAGAUGGCUCCGAGUGGGAGGAAACUCAGAAACAAGAGUCUGUUGUUUUACUGGCUUCACACGAGCCAUUGCCAGACAGUAAUAAUAUUGAUCAAAAUGAGGAGCAGGAAGAUGAGAUGGAAGUAGAAUAUACAGAGCCUACUGUACGUUUUGCUGAAGAACCCAUCAUACGAGAUGAGGAAGAAUACGAGGAUGGUGAAGGGGAAAAUGGAGAGGAGGAGCGUCCAAUGCUCCCAGUUGAAAAACAGAGGCUUAUUCGUAAGGAUACUCCACACUAUAAGAAGCAUUUCAAAAUCAACAAACUACCCAAACCAGAGGCAGUUGCAGCCUUGUUACAGGGUCUAAGUACUGACAAGGUUCCGCAGGAAGAGGAUGAGGAUUAUGGAGGUGUUCAGGAUCAAAAUAAUGAAAUGAAGCAGCUGAUGUUCCUUUUGCCUGACAGUGAAGGAGAUGGUGAGGAUCAAAUGUUGCUCAGGUUGAAUGACAAAAUUAAUUCCUCUCAGCAACCAGUAAAGGGGGUGUCGUUUGAUCAAGUCAAUAAUCUGCUGAUUGAACCUGCUCGAAUUGAGGAGGAAGAGCUGACACUUACAAUCAUCCGUCAGACUGGAGGUUUAGGGAUCAGUAUUGCAGGGGGUAAAGGAUCUACACCAUACAAAGGUGAUGAUGAGGGUAUCUUCAUCUCCAGGGUUUCAGAAGAAGGCCCGGCUGCACGUGCAGGAGUUAAAGUGGGAGAUAAACUGUUAGAGGUGAAUGGUGUAGAUUUGCAUGAUGCAGAACAUCAUAAAGCUGUGGAAGCCCUCCGAAGCUCAGGGACUGCUGUUUCUAUGACUGUUCUGCGAGAGCGCAUGGUGGAGCCAGAAAAUGCAAUCACUACUACACCUUUAAGACCAGAAGAUGACUACUUCCCUAGAGAGAGACGUAGCGGGAUGCCUUUCCCAACAGAAAUUGAGGAGGAGCCUGGAAAGCGGGAGAGACUCACAACAUCCCUCAUGCGAAAUGAUAAAGGAUUGGGGUUCAGCAUCGCAGGUGGUAAAGGAUCUACUCCUUAUCGUGCAGGUGAUACGGCAAUAUUCAUUUCUCGAGUUGCUGAAGGUGGAGCUGCCCAUCGUGACGGGGUUCUUCAGGUUGGAGACAGAGUUAUUUCUAUCAAUGGUGUAGACAUGACAGAAGCCAGACAUGAUCAGGCAGUAGCACUUCUUACUGGCACAUCUCCCACCAUCACCCUGCUUGUUGAGCGUGAUAUCUCGGAGCCCACAGUGGAUGCCAAGGGCAUGGGUGAAUCACCCAGCCUCCACCGGGCGCGGCCACAUUCUCCUCCACCCUUCUUAUCAGAAAGCAGUCAUCAGGAAGGUGUUGAGGAGGAUGCAGAGACUACACAAAACAGCCAUCUAAGCCGAAUGCUGGAAGAUGAAUACCCAAUUGAGGAAGUACGUCUGGUGAAGGCAGGUGGACCUCUAGGGCUAAGCAUUGUUGGAGGUAGUGACCAUGCUAGUCAUCCUUUUGGAGUUAGUGAACCUGGAGUUUUCAUAUCCAAGGUAAUACCCAAAGGCCUGGCGGCUCAGAGCGGCUUAAGGGUGGGUGACCGGAUCUUAGAGGUAAACGCCAUUGACCUGCGGCAUGCCACACAUCAGGAAGCUGUGAAGGCGCUACUUUCUAAUAAACAAGAAAUCCGAAUGCUGGUGAGGAGAGAUCCAGCUCCUUCUGGAAUGCAGAACAUUGUAAUAGAGAAGAUGUCUGGAGAGAAACUAGGCAUAAGCAUUCGAGGUGGAGCAAAGGGGCAUGCUGGGAACCCAUUUGAUCCAACUGAUGAGGGUAUCUUCAUAUCAAAGGUUAAUUCUAAUGGUGCUGCUGCUAGAGAUGGUAGACUUAAAGCAGGCAUGCGCAUUUUGGAAGUGAACAAUCACAGUCUUCUAGGUAUGACUCAUGCAGAAGCAGUGAGAAUAUUAAGAAGUAUUGGUGACACAUUGGACAUUCUGGUCUGCGAUGGCUUUGACCCCAAAGACGCUGCAGUUAUUGAGGCAUCACCUGGAAUCAUUGCUAAUCCAUUUGCUGCUGGAAUUGGUCGAAAGAACAGCAUGGAGAGUAUUUCAUCUAUCGACCGUGACCUCAGCCCAGAAGAGAUGGAGAUUAUCCAGAAAGAAAUGGAUAUGGUGCGAGAAACAUCUCAGUGGGAGCAUGAGGAGAUGGAAAAAGUGGAGAGAAUGCGCAAGGAGCGCGAGGAGGCCAACAGACUUCUAGAGGAGGAGGCUGAGGGUUAUAAUGUUGGCCCUCUCAAGAUGGAUUAUAAAACUUUGGCUGCUCUUCCUUCUACCAGCUUACAAAAAGUCAACAGGCUCUGUAAGUGUGCUACGCCGCCUUUUGCAAUGGAGGUAGCUGAGCAGUCCUACAGCAACUCUCUUGAGAUUACACAUGGGGUUCCUACAGAAGACAGAAGGUUAUUGUACUCUGAGCCUCAGAUCCUCAUCCCCAGUUCCUUACCUGCAAGUGUUCCUUGCCAAAAUGCUUUGUCAAUUGACUGUCAAGAUGAAAAGCUAAAAUUUUCUGCAUCAAAGAAUAUUGUAGUUUCCCCAGUGCUAAAAGAGAAAAAUCCUCCACAAGUGGAGGAGGAGGAGGAAGAAAACCUGGUGGACUCCCAACCAAUUUGUUUUAGUGAGAAUCCCUUUUUAGUGGCCAAUCGGCUGAGGAAAACCAAACCUGCUGAAGCAAGGAUACUUUUAGGACCUCCUGUUGGCUAUGGGAAAUUGGGCCGUUUACAAACAAAUCUGUAUUCAAAGGGCAGUUCUACUGAGCCUGCUGUAAAUAGCCCUAAUCGUGAAGCCCCAUAUUCUCCAGUCUCUCAGCCACUUCCUUCCACAUCCCCUUCUACAGUCCAAUCAGGCAGAGAGACUCGCUUUGCUUCUAUAAACUUCAUAUCUUCUGCUGUUCCUAAAGACAACGCAUCUACCAAACCAGGUGUAAUCCAGCCUAUGUCCCGAGCACGCCCCAGUGUGCCUCAUGGCAGUCAGGAUGGCCAGUGCAGCCCAAACCCAUUCCAGCGCAGUUCCAACCCACUUGAAACACAGAAUUCUCCUCGUGUCCCUUCCCCACUCUCCCCUGAUGAGUUCCCUGUUAAUAUUAAACAGGCUUACAAAACCUUCGCUGCUGUUCCUACUAGUCAUGUGGUCCAUGAGCAGCAGGAGAACCUAAUCCAGAGAAACAAUAUAGAGUCAAAACCAUCUCCUGAGGACCUGGAGAACAAUGUCUUCGAGGAUGGCAACAUCAUACUCAGCAGCCCAUCUCACAGCAUUCCGACUGAAGGAGAAUCUAACCAAGAUGUAGGGGAGCUGGCCUUCCACAAGGGAUAUGUCAGUCUGUCUGCUGUGCCCCUCAUCAGUAGGCCUUCUGUGGAACAGGAGGAGGCUCCAUCACCUAGUGGCUUGAACAGCCCAGAACAGCGCUCCUUCCGGGACCGGCAAAAAUAUUUUGAAAUAGAAGUCAAACAACAAAUCCCAGAAAACAAACCUAAACCUAGGGUAUCACUUGUUGGAGAGGAUGAUCUGAAGAAGAUGAGAGAAGAAGAGGCCAGAAAGAUAGAGCAGAGAGCAAGAGAGAUGCUGGUGGAUGAGGAGGAAGAUGAUGAAGAUGAUCUUGCUAAACAAAUGGCUGCAGUAAAGGCACAUGGCAAAGUGGUUAUUGAUGGUGUGGAAUACAAGAUUGAAAGAGUAGAUAAUCGUAAUACUAACAAUGUUGGGGUAUCGCAAGUGGAUGGAAAAGUGGAUUCGCAGAGGAAUUCCCUUGAAGAUAGCUUUAGGUUAGAGCAGAGACCAAACUCCAUGACUGGUUUGAGUCCAGUGUAUGGAGGAGAGCCAAUUGCACCAAUUCGUACAGCAAAGGCAGAGAGGCGAUACCAGGAACGUUUACGAAUGCAAAGUCCAGAAUUACUUAGCACACAAGAGAAAGACCUGUCUCCUGCAGAAAAGCGAGCCCUUGAAGCAGAAAAAAGAGCAAUGUGGAGGGCAGCACGACCCCGAGGGCUGGAAGAUGACAUGAAACAGUAUGAGCAGGACCUUGCCAAAAAGCUGUACCAGUCUCGACAGAGGGCAUCUCAGGUUCACAGCAACAUUCCUGAUUCUGCAGCAAACAAUUACAGGAUGAAGUCUUUGGAACAGGAUGCUUUAAAAGCACAGAUGGUUAUUGCUAAGUCAAAGGAGGCAAAAAAGCGUACCACUCUGGAUCAAUUGGUAGAGUCUCCUUCUCCGGCUCCCACGCCUUCUCCUACACCACUUGAAGACUACAGCCCAAGAAAUAUCACUUCACCGGGUAGAUUGUCUCUGUCAGAAAAGAAGUUUGACUACCGACAGUUUGCCGCUAUUCCUUCUUCCAAACCUGUAUACGACAUUCAGUCACCUGAUAUUUCGGAGGAUGUCAAGAUCAUUGAUGACUCUGGAAGAAGAGCAGUGACCCCUAGAGAGAAGGAGAUUGAUGGUCACAUUCCUUUACCUGCCACCUCUGCUUUGGAAGAAAUGGCCCUCUACAGCAACAAACGCAAACUACGGCACAGCCGACGAAGCCUGGAGACGGCUGUCCCCACGUAAUCCAGCUGUAUCAUAAGCGCAUUCGCACGAGAAAAACGAAACAAAAAAGUAACGUCUUGCCUCCAAAUGGUGUCCUUUAUCUUUUGGGCUGGACAUCUGCCAAAAAAAUUAGUGCAUGGACUUGGGCUGCUAAUCUUAACCGAAAGAGGAUGUAGAUGCUAGUCUCUGUGUAUCAGACCGUAAAUCGAACGUUCAGUUUGUGUUCGAGACGCUGAAUUCUUUGACAUGGACUAAUUCUCUUUUUGACUGUUUCAUUUUUCACUUUUUUUUAAUUUUACUCCAAAAAUGCUAGAUGUGUUUUAAUUUGUACAUUUUAUUUUUUUGUUUUUAAUUUGGUUGUAAAAUUGCCUCAGCUGGGAAGGCUUAUGAAACUAGCUUGGUCUGGGUAAGCGGAAUAUGUAAAUAUAAAUUCAACUCGGACCCCUUUAAUGUUGGGUAAGACAGCCUCUGCUACCUUCACUGCACUACAGCUACUCAUUUGGCCUGUUUUUAUUGCCAGUAGCCUUUUUCUGCUGAUUUUAACACUUUAAUUCUUUUAAUGUAAUUUAUUAUUCUAGAUACUUUUACAUUGGCAAUUGUACAUUUUUUAAUAUAACUACAGUGGAACCUCUAGAUACGAGUUUAAUUCGUUCCAGCACUGAGCUUGUAUAGCGAAUUUCUCGUAUCUAGAACAAACUUCCCCAUUGAAAAUAAUGGAAAUCCAGUUAAUCCGUUCUGCACCCCAAAUAUAUUAACAUAAAAAUCAAUUUUCCUAACAAAUAACACUGAUAAAUUAUAUAUACUGUAGUCUACCUUUAAUAAAUAACACUGGUAAAUAAUAUAACUGAUUAUUAAAAGAAUCAAAACAGGUGUCCAAAGUGCAGUAGAGCAUUCAAUAAAUCUUUAAAUAAAUAAUCCUUAAAACAGUUGUGAAGUGGAGGUUUAAAAUACACAAGAAUAACAAUCCUUUAACACGUGGUUAAAACGUCAAAAGGAUGCAGUCUUUAAAAAACAGAUGACAAUCCCCGGUGCUUCUUCUCUGUUAGCGUCUCACCUGCGGGCUCUGCAACAGGCGACACACUCUUAAUGCAGCUGACCUUCUCUACACCGUCCUGCUUCAGCUGUUUGGCUCGCCUGUUCAUCUCACUGUUCAGCUACACGCGAGCCUGCUCUCGCUCGCUCGCUCUCCCGCACCGACUUCCUGCCUGCCUGCGCGCGCGCUCUCUCUCUCUCUUUUAAUUUUACUUCUUCUCCCCCUUAAACGGCUCACGCUUCUCUAUAUAUGCGGGGAGGACAUGGCAGCUGCAGCCCAUCAGCCACAGGAACAAUCAUGGAUGUGGGCAGUUUCCCACCUGUGCACUUAAGUGAGAAACGCAGACACCGCAGAUCGCCCUGCGGCUCGCUACUGCUACCACGCCCCCUCGCUAAGCCGCGAGCUAUACCCACAGCCUGGCUUGUGGCUCGUUACGCGAGCCAAUGCUCGUAUUUAGAUCUGAAUUUUUCGCUCAUACUUUCCUCGUAUUUUGAAUUUCUCGUAUACAGAGGUGAUCGUAUCUCGAGGUUCCACUGUACUUGGUUUGCGGUUUUAUUGCUUUUCUGGUAUACAGCGCAAAGUUGUUUUAGUGGGGUGUAAUAAAGACCUGAAGGCCAAGUGAGAACUUUUUUUAUGUUAUUUUUAUUGCUUAAUGGCAGCCCAGCACUUGAACAUUCAUGGUAAAAUAUUCCAAAACCAACCAAACUGGUGCCCAGUUAGCGUUUAUAAAGCUUGACAGUACAUGAAAGAAACUGCGAUUGGGCCACUGGAAUAUUACUGCCAUGCACUCGGAUGAACAAUCGUGGCCUUUUAACUGCAGCAAUAAAAACGGCAAAAGCUUUGUGUACUUUGGAGACUCGGACACAGAGUUGCGUGGACCAUCUGGAAGAAAUGUCUAACGUUUUAGAAUUUGGACAUGUUCAUCUGGAAACGGUGACUUCCAAAGUUUUUAUUUCUUGCCUUCCAGCAUUGUUUAUAGUGUAAUUACAAGGGUGGCACUGUUCUUUGUGAACAGGCUACCUUUUGCAGCUCUCGGUUAAUUUUGAUAAUUAAAAAAUGUCUUUUACAUCCAAUCAGUUCAAGCUCCACAUGCAUUUAAAAAGAAACAUUCAGAAACUGCGAAUAAAAGAAGCCCCAGCAUCACACCUGUGCUUAGAAGUGCUGGCAAUUGAAGGUAGCAGACGUUCAGAAGCUGUUGAGUUCCCUUCAGGUAGUGUGAAUAAUGUACAGUUAUUAAAAGAAAAAAGAAAAUUAAAAAGUCAGAACUGAGCCAACCUGCAUCAGAGUGAUGCCAGCCUUGUGGCCAGUGUGCACUGCAUGUACAUUGGCACGGUUAUUGAAAGCUUUUUGUAGAGAUAAAAUUAGACUUGAAAAGUACUUUGUAAUUCUCCCCUGAUUUGAUAGAUUUGUUUUUUAAUCUUGGUUGUAGGACUGGCAAAGACAUUCGGAUUUUUUUUUAAAUCCAUUCAUUUUAUAGUGGACAAAUACAGUUUUGGAAAAAAGUACCGCGCUGUUACUUUGAACUGACAAGACUUUUUUUUUUUUUGUUCCUUUCUGUGCUGAUUUUUUUUCAGUUUGGGCAAAAAUCUGUGAAGAAAUUUGACAACACACUAGAAUUUUCCUGGUACCUGGGAGUUGCUACGCUAAUCACUACAUUCUUUUUUUUCCCCCACAGCAAAUUAUACUUUGCAUUUUCCCCCUCAUUUUCCUUUGAAUUCUGGUGGGGAUUUUUACUUAGAGCGGGGUAGUGUUAGCUCAAUCAAGACUGUAACUAGUGAAAUUUGUACAACCAAAGAAGUCUAUUUUGUGGUUCAGGAAUAAUAAAGUUUACUUUUCAUUUUACAAACA